ACUGCAACACAGCGUUGAGCGGCUGUGACGUGGGACUGCUGAUGACUGGUCUUAGUUGUACUGACUAGCUUUCUGUUCUGUUUGUAAACGACGUAUUGCGUUUAUUUUUUGUUUUUUUCGGUAAUGCUGGUGAUACUUCUUACUGCACAAUUAAGUGCCAGAUAACCACUUUCUUGGUUUCUAGAAGAACCCAGAUUUUUGUCCCAGAAAGACCGGUAAGGCAGAGCAAAGGAGAAGAACCGCUAAAUUAGCAGGAAGGAUUAGAGCAAGUCUGAGGUGGUAUAAAAUGAAGCUGUACAGCCUCAGUGUUCACUACAAAGGAGCUUCUAAAGUCAACCUCCUCAAAGCUGCAUAUGAUCUUUCUUCAUUUAGCUUCUUUCAGCGGUCCAGUGUGCAGGAGUUCAUGACUUUCACCAGUAGCCUUAUUGUGGAGCGCUCCCAAAAAGGAAGUAGAGCUUCAGUGAAAGAACAAGAGUAUCUGUGUCAUGUUUAUGUACGCAAUGACUCUUUGAGUGGCGUUGUAAUAGCUGACAGUGAGUAUCCAUCCAGGGUCUGCUUCACACUACUUGAUAAGGUAUUAGAUGAAUUCUCCAAGCAAGUUGACAGCAUAGACUGGCCAUCUGGCUCUUCAGAAACCAUUAAAUAUACAGCUUUAGACAGCUACCUUGCUAAAUAUCAGAAUCCUCGAGAGGCUGAUGCAAUGACUAAAGUGCAGGCUGAGCUGGAUGAAACUAAAAUCAUUCUGCACAACACAAUGGAGUCCUUAUUAGAACGAGGAGAGAAGCUUGAUGACUUAGUAUCAAAAUCGGAACAUUUAGGAACACAAUCAAAAGCCUUUUACAAAACUGCUCGGAAGCAGAACUCUUGCUGUGAGAUUAUGUGAGAUUCUUCAAUAAACCGCUAACCUGAUCACUAACUACAAAGCCUUCAUUAACAUUUGUAAACCAGCUUCAAGAUUUCAGGACACCAGAGGAAUCUCUAAAUAAGCCUUGUCUGUCUGUCAUGGAAGAAAAACCAUCAGGGAAGGGUGGGAUAAGAGAAUUCACAUUUUUAUUUUUAUUUGACAAGAUUUUCAACUGCUUUAAAGGAAAGGGUCAGAGAUAAUAGAAAUUGAAGAAUACUUUCUUUAUUAUGCAUUUUAGGACAAAAACUGGAGUUGUAAAUGGGCUGAUUUGUCAGAAUGUCUUUAAUUACUAAGAAUUUCCUCAUGGUGCUGUAUAUGGAGUAUUUUCCAUUGAAACAAUCUGCUUGUCUCCAAAAUCUGUCAAGAUAGCUUGGCUGUUUGUGAAAUAGCCAAACACUUCAGAUAUCUCAUUUUUGAAAAUCACAAACAUACCAAUAGGCAUUUAACAUGAAGCAUUACUUAUUUAAAUUUCUCUGAUUUUUAAAUGGCGUUUUUGCAUAUGUGUCUCUCUUAACUUAUGGCUCAUAUUAUAUUAAACUCUCCUGCCUUUGUAUCAAAGCUGUUCUACUCUACAAAUGAGAACUGUGCAGACUCUCACUUGUUUAGUUUUGUAAACCUUGAAUUGAUGUUUUCAGAUGCGCCCCCUUUAAAAUGAAGUUACAUAUUAUUAUAUAUUAAUCCCCCCUCUCAUGAGACUGUUACCAACAAUAGCAGAGUAUGUAAAGGUGCAAAUGUUAUAUAGUUAUAAGUGAUCCAAUGCUGACGGGUAAUGCUUAAGUUGUCAGCCUAUAUUGCAGUUAUUAUGAGCAAUGUACCACUUAAUGAUUUUUUUAUUUCAAACUAUAUGUGUAAAAAAAGGAAACUUAUUUUUUAAUCUUUCAUUUGCAAAUUUAUUCCCUAUCAUCUAGACAAAAUAACAAAGUGUUACCAUAAAUAUCAGCCUUAUUUUAUGUGCACUUUGGUCAGUUAACUGUACAUUUUAUUUGGUCUUCAUGUAAAUAACAGACCAUUCUUUUAUGCCUAAGUAUUAAAUGUAAACCUAAGCAUUAUAACAGAGCUGAAUGAGGAUUUUUGUUUUCUUUUUGACAUGUGCAGUUGCUUUCUGAUGGUUGAUAAUCACAACGUGGUUUUGUGCUGUGUAGAGCUAACUCAUGUUCUUGCCAUGUUUUUUACAGCUUCAAGAAUUCAGAAUCGCGUUUCUUGGCAAUAAGCCUUUUUUUUUUUUUUUUAGUGUUGUGCCUUUGCAGUUGAUAAAGCAGAUUUACAGUAGACUACAGUUUUCUGCUCCAUUAUAUUUGGAAAAAUACUCAAUGUCUACAGUAAAAUAAAUUUUGUGCCUUCAUAAAAUGGCAAGGUGCAUGUAUAUGUCAAAAUUCUCAACAAGUAAAAAAAAAAAUGCAAAAUGUUACUGCAUUUGUCACAUUUAAUAGUAAACAAAAAGUGUGAUCAGUCAAUGAAAACUGCCUCACUUUCACUGUCAUUGUCCUGUGAUUGAGGCAUUUUGUAUGAAUAGAGAGAUUCUUGUUCUUGCAUUCUCUUUAGUGUAGGAGAAUAUUGUGGAAGGUUCAGCAUUUUAGACUGUAUAUGCAAGAGUAUAUGAAUGAAUUGGGAGACAAACAAAUAUUUUAUAUGCACAUAAUUGAAUAUAAACUAAAAUGUAUUGUUUUGAAUGUUAUUUCUUGUUGGCACAAACUGGUUAGAAGCAAGAUUUGUUUCUACCAGGUAUUUUAUAUUGACCAAAAUGCCAUCCUACUGGUUUCCAUGGGUAUUUGAAAUCUUUAUAUUUAACAGCUGCAAUUCACCUGUAGGAUACUAGAUGUCACUGCUUACUAAGAAUCUUAGAUUGCUGGUAAUGCAGGAAAACCAAACCGUAAACUUUGAACUUCAUGUGGAAGAAAAAAAUGUAAACUAUUUAAGCAAGUGAUUUAUUUUAAGAUCUUAUUAAUUUGUUAUUAAAGAAUAAGCAAUUUUAAUCAUUUUUUCAGAAAAAGCCCCUUGUUAAAUUUAUAUGUGAGAAUAAGCAAGUUUUGUCAGACCAUGUCUCAUUUUCUGCAUUAAAACAGUUUCCUAACAUGAAAACAAUCUCUCAUUUGACAACAUAGUAUUGUUUAAGAAGGUAGUGUUUUUGUCAAGUUAUAACAUAAUAUUGCAGAAAAUAUUAGGUAUUAUUUUUCAAUGCCCUCCUUAAUAGUUUUAUAUUAAAACACAUACAGACAAUAUAGUUAAUUUUCCCUAAUUGCAAAUUAUUUUAUUGGCUAAGAAUAAAAGUUAUGAAAAGUACAAGACAAAUUUAAACUGAAUAAAAUAGGUUAAGCUUAAAGAUGAUCUUGGCAUACCUUAUAGUGUAUCAAUAAUAUUUGCUGCUUUGUUUGCUGGUGAAGGUUAAAAGUAUGCAACUGGAAUGAUAUAUUUCAAAAUGUUAGUUCAGAAUACUCAUACUAAAAAUAAUCUGUUCUCUCAAAUCAGUCCCAUUGUCGGGUUCCACCAAGACUGAAGUCAUAAAAUGCUUUUUAACUUCAUCAGUUUUGUUUUGGGCAUCUGGGGUUUAUGGGGGAGUGGGGUAGCACACCUACCCAAAAGUCAAAGCCUUUUUUUGGCCUCUUAGUAACUAAGGGGAGUACAUGCACAUUUCACUUCGUAACAAUGUAGACUCUGCUGGUGGGUUCAUUUGGAUGUAUUUUGCUGGCUCAGUCUCUGCUGUAUUGUCCUGCACAUUAUGAAGGUAUUCUCUAAUUCUGCUGUUCGUGGUGUUCAGUGAUGUAUGUAUGUGUGUGUGUGUGUGUGAGCGCGCAUAUUAAUCUGUGUUUGUGUGCAUGUGUGUGAAUGUGCAUACUAAUGCACUGUUGCAACAAAGGUUCAGAACUCUGCCAAUAGUGUCCUGCAAUCUUACUGUAUAUGUGCUGUGUGCAAUAUUCUUUUUCCUGUCUGGUGUUGGCUUUAAAAUGUCUAUCUCCAGAGGCUUUAUUUGUAUCACAUUUACUACACAUGCACUAGUAAUUUAUACAUAAAAUUAAAAAAAUGAACACUUUUCCAUGUAACCUUUUAGUGUGUUUUGGCAUUAAGUAUUUAAAGUCUAAUGAAAUUCACUGCAAAUGUUUCAGUUCACUUUGUGAACUAAUUGGAAAUGUUACAUUGGCCUUAAUAUGCUUUGUAAAUGAAGGGGUUAAAAAUGGCACUCUUCUUCCAGAGGCCCAAUAAAAGGUUUAGACCAGUGUUUUGUAGCAUUUUUUGAACAGGUUGCUCAGUUGAUAGAUGUGUUUCACUUUUCAUGUCCUUUCUCUGUCUUAAGAAGAUGGGAUCAAUGUGUAUAAGCUUCAUUUGUUUUUGAAAGACAUGUAGAAGUUAUGAAUUUCAUUUUUGCUGAUUUUGAAGGAAGUAACUUACUUUACAUUGAUUUACCCUUUGUCAGUCUAGAUUUUUUUUCCCCAAAACACCAGGUGUGUUUUUGGUCAAUAACUGAAAGUUCUCUGACAUUCUUUUUUUUUUUUAAUUAUCUCCCUCCCAUAAGGAAAAAGGAGCUUAUAAACCAUAUGUGCAUGAAAAAAUUACCUUUACAACAUGGCAUUCAUUUAUCUGCCAAUUUUUAAAAUCUAUCUGAAGCAGAUAUAUGCAUUUGUUAGCUUUUCAGUGACCUUUUAAUCAAGACGUAUUGUCAGACAGGUUGAUUAUUCUUCCUUCUGUUUUAUAAGUCCAUAUUUCAUUUUCUGGGGGGUUGCAGAGGAGCUGAGGCCUUUGUUGGCAUCAGUAGGCAACAUACAAGAAUUUUCAUGAAUUAAUGCUACUUCAUAGCAUUGUGACGAACAACAUACCUGUGUUCAGUAUGUGCCAUAACAGACUUUUCAAGGAACAAGCAGUACUUGCUUACUGACAGCUCAGUUUACUGUUUAGGUACAUUUGUUCUAGUAGACUUGAUUGCAAGACCAAAAAUUGUAUAAUGACACUAUCCAAAUUAUUGACAGAUCUUGAGAGAUUUAACAAAAUCAGAUUAUGUUGUCUUUGCAUAAAAUUAGUAUGCCCAAACAGGGUUUUCCUGGUGUUGUCAUAUUAACGCUAAUAGUUGGUGUUGAGUUUAAAAAAAAUUAUAUAUAUAUAUAUAUAAUGUCUACUUUAAAACACCUUUUCUAUGUGUCUUAUUUUAUGUCUUUUUCUAUAAUCAAGACAAUUUUUAAAUGUGCUUAUUAUAGAUAAUUUAUUUUUGUCAUUUUCUAAAAUGAAUAUGCUUUGCAGACAGUUACUAAACCAGAAUCCUGUCAGUAAAAAAAAAAAAAGGCUUUAUUUUAAUAAAUAUUGCAUAUCGUUGUCUUCUUGUUAA